AUGGCAGAUUCCGACAUAGAGACCAACAGCAACCACAACAGCAACCAAUCAACCACAUCAUCAACCACAAGCGUUCACGUUACAGCCCUCGACGGGAUAGUUAACGCAAACUCUAUCUUCACGGUUGCAGUAUUUGUCGGAAUGGCUUUCGACCAACCGCGCGACCUCACCCUCACGGAUAGGACCGAGUGCAACGCGGGAAUAGACGUGGAAAGAGACCUCAUUGUGUUCGAAGUCAUUUCGUUUGCAUUCUUCCUCUUCUCUUCCCUCGUGGCUCAAGGGAUGAAGCUAGCCAUCAACUUGUUAAACAGCAAAGAAACGGACGAAGCUUUUAAAGCAACAAUCAACAAGGAUGUGCUUCGUCUCGGUGUGGUUGGUUCAGCCGGUGGAUCCAUCUUGGGAUGUGUAUUCCUUCUGUUGUCAAUAGUUGAUAUUAUUCAGCUCCGUCUCGGGCUGCUCUCUUGCGGUAACUCAUUGACGAUUCAUACCGUGUUGGCGCUUGUUGUCUUGGUCUCUUCUGCUCUUAGUGUUUACAUCUUCACAGUGUUUUACUCUUUCAGGAAAUGA